AUGGAACGUCGAAGUAGGUUGGUUUUUGUAUCAGAUUUUGUUCUAUCAUUCAUGUGGGUAUGUUCUGGCAUUCUCGUUCGAUUAAUUGUCUUCAAAAUUAUAGGUUUUUCUCAUACUCAUCUCGCGGAGAUUAUCAAGCUUUCAUUUUCCAUAGCCAACAUGUUCUUGUUUGCUUUCCUUGCCAAGAUUUCUCGCGGUGCCUACAAUCCUCUUCCUGUUUUGGUUGAUGCUAUUACCGGAGAUUUUCGUAACUUCUUUCUCUGUGUUGGUUUUAGAGUUCCUGCUCAGGUGGUUGGAUUUAUUGUCGGAGUAAAACUUGUUAUUAGUACUAUUCCUGAAGUAGGACGUGGACCACGUUUGAAUGUUGACAUUCUUCGAGGAGCAUUGACAGAAGGAUUACUAACAUUUGUAGUUGUAAGCAUUUCACUUGGGCUUACCACAACCAAAAUUCGCAAAAGUUUCUUCAUGAAGACUUGGAUUUCCAGCCUAUCCAAGUUAACACUACAUAUACUUGGCUCUAAUCUAACCGGUGGUUGUAUGAACCCCGUUUCUGUAAUGGCAUGGACGUAUGUUCGAGGAGAUCACAUAACAAAGGAACACAUCUUCGUAUAUUGGGUUGCCCCUAUAAAAGCAACUAUUCUAGCAGUGUGGACAUUCAAAUUAUUAGUACGACGUAUAAAAACAGGCUCCAAAAGUAAAUCAGAUUGAAAAAAUAUCAUUAUUUUAGAAUAAAUGUUUGAUUUGUAUUCGUUGUAUCAUAUUUUUACCACUUUGUGA